CUGACAUCGACCCGAAAAGAGACCGCGUUAAGAAGAACGACCUGUCUCGAAAUUGAUGAGGUCGAACGGCGACAGAGACGUCAGGAUCAGCUUACCUACACCCAUCCGGAAUUGUCGGAUGUCUAGCACGUGCCGAGAACGCAAUUCCGGUGCGCCAGCCUCAAGCUUCGCGUUCACCCGGAUAGCUUUGGAGCCUAUAAAACCACGUGCGAACAUAUUGGUACGUUCCAUCAGUCCAUUUCGACACGCCAGUCCAAAAAGUGCCCGGAACCUUUGCAUUAACACUACCAACGGGUCUCAAAACACAUCCUCGACGCCUCACGCUCUCAUCUCACUCUACCACCACCGCAACAAUGUUUUCCUACGCCCAUUCCACACGCUCCACACACCUCAUCCCGCAGCCCUCGGACCUCCGCCUCCAACCCCCCGAAUCCUACCUCCUCAUCCAAGACUUCCUGAUCCUCACCUGCGCCCUCCUCUACGCCCUCUGCUACUUCUUCUACACCGUCCGUACCUACUCCGAUCGCACGGUUGCCGGCACCCCGCUUUACAUGGCCACCACCAUGGCGUACGAACUGUACUACGGUCUCGUCAUGACGUCCGGCGAGUCCACGGCUAUGGCGCGCUUCGAGCGGUGCGGGUUCUUGCUGUGGUUUGCGAUGGACGUGGUGUUUGUUGGGGUGGCGGUGUGCAGGUGCUAUCCGCGGGAGCGGUGGGGGCGGAUGGCGGGGCUUUUGGUUGUGGGAACUGGGAUGGGGAUUGCGGUGUUGAGGUGGUUAGGCCAGGUGUGGCCGGAUGAGAGGGAGCAGUUGACGGCGUAUUGGACGGGGAUUGUGCUGCAGGUGCCGAUUAGUUGGGGAUCUCUGAUUCUGCUUGUCCAGCGGAGGAAUACGAAGGGGCAAAGUCUGGAGAUAUGGAUCACGAGGUAUCUUGGGUGCUUCACUGCGUAUGGCGUAUUUUGGUGGCGGUAUUUGAAUGCGCCACAGAAUUGGGUCUAUGUGAAUAAUUUUUGGAGCUGGUUCGUGAUUCUGUUUACGCUGUUUCCAGAGACGGUGUAUCCGUUUGUGUAUGUCUGGGCGCAUGUGCAGGAAGGGAAGAGGAGGGGCGUCGUGGCGAACGGAAAACUGAAAAACUCGUAGAGAGCAUGCUCCUGGUCUCGGCCAUACUAGUAUUGCAUUGCAUCUUGAUGUUGAACUUUUGA